AUGGGCAUGGACCACUGGGUUGCCUUAGAUUUCCUCCUGGCCGAACAAGGGAGUGUCUGCGCAGUUGCAAACACCUCUUGCUAUAUGUAUGUUAAUACUUCUGGGGAGGUGGAGCUUCAGGCUUGGAGAAUCCUCCAAUGUGCUGAAUGGUUAAAGACAGCCCAUACCCAAAUGAGUAACAAUAUCUGGAACCAGAUUAAGGAAUACCUGCCUUUCCUGACUUACUACCUUCCCCUUCUGGGACUCACACACUUAACCGCUACACUACCAGGUGUGUUUUUUCCUUUGAAUAAACAGCCGCUGCUUAUUCUCAUUCGGGUGGUCUUGGGUUAUUGCCGCACUAGGUAUCUCGAAGCAUCCCAGGAGCCGGCCUGCGUGUCACCGAAGGAGGAAUUGGCUUUGCGGGGAGAGGUCGGAACUGGAAUUGGAAAGGGGGGCUCUUUCGAGUACGCUGAGAGUAGUGCUGGCGCAGGAGCCCAAGGACGGCUCGCAAGCUCAGGCCUGCCGGGUGGUCCAAAGUGUGGACCAUGUUCGAGAGAAGGAGCAGCCGCCCUGACUGGAGGGUGUCUUCCUGCUGCUCUUUGUGGCGGGCCUUGUGCUGGUGACCACCGUCCACGACUGGAGCAAGGAGGAGCAAUUCCAUGGCCUGGAGAAGUGGAUCCUCAAGGACCAGAAGACGCCGUCCUGCGGGGCGUCCAAGUGGAGGAGAGCCCCGUGGUGGACCUCAUGGUGGACGCAGACCGCCCAUGGCAACUUGCUGCCGGUGGAGGGGCUGCUGAUCUUCGGGGAGAACUGAAAACGGACGAGAGUGUCCUCACGGGAGAGUCUGAAAACGGACGAGAGUGUCCUCACGGGAGAGUCAGCGGUGGUGAUGAAAGCGCUAACCUGCAUCUGCACCCUGCUGACAGCAGUCACCACAUGUUGGAGGGCCCAGCACGAUGUUGGUGACUGCUGUCAGUCUUAACUCGCAGGCAGACCUUGUGGUGUCACUACUGACCUCUGAAACAAAGAACAAAGAGAGCGUAAAGAAAACAUUAUCAUAGGACAAGCGCGGGAACAAAACAGCCCAAGAGGGUGAAGGCAAAAAUGCAGCCAAUUCGAACAUCACUGGCUACAAAGAAAAGCCCCUCUACAAGACACACUUACGGAGUUAUCCAUAAUGAUUGGCAAGUGGGAUUUGCUAAUGGCUAUCCUGUAGAUUGCACUGCACAUUAUACAGAAUACAUUGUUCGGUUUUUCAUUAUUGGAGUAACAGCCUUGGCGAUAGCUGUCUCAGGAAGCCUUCCCUUUGGAGUUACUCUUUCCUUAUUCUGUAAAGAACGAUGAAAGAUAAAAAUGUAGUGAGACAUUUGGAUGCUUGUCAAACUAGGGGAAAUGCAACAAACAUUAGCUGAGAUAAAAUGGGAACUUUGAACAGGGAUCACAAGAGAGGGUCCCAGACAGAGCUGGAGAAGAAUGUAGAACAAAAUCCUAACUCACACACACACAAAAGGCCAGACUUACUGGUCUGGCAGAGACUGGUGAAACCCUGAGAAUAUCACCCCCGGACACCCUUUUAACUCACUACUGAAGUCACUCCUGAGGUUCACCCUUCAGCCAAAGAUGAGACAGACCCAUAAAAUGAAAUGAGCCUAAAUGGGCACACCAGCCCAGAGGUAAGGACAAGAAGGCAGGAGGGGACAGGAAAGCUGAUAGUGGGGAACCCAGAGAGCAUUGACAUGUUGUGGGGUUGGAAACCAAUGUCACAAAACAAUAUACAUAUUAAUUGUUUAAUAAGAAACUAAUUUGCUCUGUAAACCUUCAUCUAAAACACAAUUUUAAAAAAUGGGGACUUUCACUAUUACAAAAUAACAGCAGUUCAGGCUUACAUUGGUGAGACUCAUCAUAAAACAAUUCCUAGACCUAAGUGUAUUCCAGAAUCGUUCUUACAAUUCUGCCGUAAUUUUUUCAGAUGUUGAGUCCAUCCCAACAGAUUGGCAAUAAAACAGAAUGUGCUUUGUUGGCGUAACUUCUGCAUUUAAAAACCAUGAAAAAAAAAAAAGCACAUUUAUGCAAAAAUAUGCCUUCAACUCAGAGAAGAAAUUCAUGAUGAGUGUCUUAAAACUGCCUGAUAGAGGUUUUCAAGUUGUUUACUAAGGGAGUCUCAGAAAUAUUAUUUAACAGGCAUUGCCAAAUCCUGAAUGAAAAGGGUAAAGAGCUGACAAAAACAGAUGAAGAAGGUAUUUCCUAAAGGGGUAUUAAACCAGUGGUUUAAUAACUUAGAACCAUGUGCCUGAUGUUCAGAAAUUUUCUAGAUACUGAGACAAACCUGAGUAGGAUAAUGAAGAAGACACAAUUAAAGAUCUUACGUGCAUUGCUCUUAUAGACAUUGAAGAUUUUAUGUCAAAACUUUGAGUGCCUGCAAGAUCAAAAAAAAAAAAAAUUUUUUUUUUUUUUUUUGCAAGCUCUAGCCCCUGACAAAUACAACCCAGUUAAAGGUAUAGUUAAGAGUAAUGUUUUGGGGCAGAAGGAGAUUGUAGCAGUCACUGAUGAUGGUGCUAAUGAGUGUCUAAGAGAGCAGAUGUGGAAUUUGUAAUGGGGUUAACAGGAACAGAUACAGCUAAAGAAGCUCCUGAUAUCGUUCCUACCGAUAACUUCUCAAGUAUUGUUAAAGCUAUCUUGUGGGAUAGCAAUGUUUAUGACCGCAUGUCCAAAUUCCUUCCAUUUCAAUUGAUUGUCGAUGUUGUAGCCACAACUGUGACCUUCAUAGGAGCGUGUGUUGUCCAGGAUUCUCCUCUAAGCUGUGCAGAGGCUUUGGAUGAAAUCUUAGAAUAGAUGCCUUUGCUUCCCUUGCUCUGGAGAACCUGCAGAGUCACCUUUGCUUUGCAAACCUUAUGGUCCAACCCAGUGCCGUCGAGUCGAUUCCAACUCAUAGCGAACCUUAUGGUAGGGGAAAAAAUAUCUCUUGUCCAUUUAAUGAUAAAAUUUAUUUCAGGCCAUACAUAAUAUCAGUUUAUAGUUACUUUUAAUCUUACGUUAGUGAAACUCUUUUUAAUUUGGACCAUGGAAGAAACACUCUCCUACAUGCUCCUCCUUCUACAAUGAUACUUAAUACUUUUAUUAUGAUGCAAUUUUUCCAAUGAAAUUAAUACCCAGAAGCUUCAUGGUAAAAGAAAUAUAUUUGAGAGACUCUUCAGUAAUAAUAUCAUAUAACUGUUGCAGGCACAUUUAUUGUACAGUUUGGUACUGUGCAAUGUGGGUGAUGGGUAUUCAACUGUACAAACCUAUGAUAAUGGUGCAUUUUCCUAAGAGUAUCAGAAUGUUUUACGAAUAAGGGUGUUUAUGAAUAAGGAAGACCGAAGAAGAAUUGAUGCCUUUUAAUUAUGGCGCUGGCGAAGAAUAUGGAAUAUACCAUGGACUGCCAGAAGAAUGAACAAAUCUGUCUUGGAGGAAGUACAGCCAGAGUGCUCCCUGGAAGUGAGGAUGGUGAGACUUUGUCUCACGUACUUUGGACAUGUUACCAGGAAAGACCAGUCCCCAGAAAAGAACAUCAUGCUUGGUGAAGUAAAAGAUCAGCAAAAAAGAGGAAGACUCUCAAUGAGAUGGACUGGCACAGCGGCUACAACAAUGGGCUCAAGCAUAACAAUGAUUGUGAGGAUGGCGAAGGACCAGGCAGUGUUUCGUUCUGUUGUACAUAGGGACACUAUGAAUCGGAACCAACUCAAUGACACCUAACAACAACAACAACAUAAGGGUGUUACUGUGGGGUAAGUUCUUAACUAUAAUGCCAAAUGGCUGUGUGAAGGCCACUUUAAGACUUUUUUGUUAGAGGACAAGUAAACUUACUAAAGAUGUAUAAGAGUCAGAAACAGGAGAAAACCGCAAAGAUGCAUUUUGGGUUCUGUACUCAGGUAGACUCAAAGAUCAGAAAUGAAUGAUGGAGACAUAAUUCUUCCAUCUGGUCACUCGCCUUAUCAGGUCAUCCAGUGUAACAAAAGGAGUCCUUUAAAAUUUAUGCAUUUUCUACCUUGAACACUUAAAAUAUAGUAAUAAUCAAAAAACAACUUCACUUUAUCCUUUUCCUCACAUUUUAGAUUUUAGUUUUUAAAAUAAAUGGCUGGUCUGUGUUAUCUUCAUUGUUACAUUUAAAGGUUGUUCUUUGGAAGUAGAGAAAUGAACACAGGAAGUUACAUUUUAGACAGAAAAGUAAUGGGAGAAUUGUUUAUGACUAAAACAUGGCUCAAGAGAAGAGUAGCCUAUUAUAUUUUGAUCUUUUUAAAAUAGAGGUUUGGGUGCCAAAUUACUAAUAAAUAAAUAACAUUUGUUAUUAAUAAAAACCAGUUACCAUACAUCAGCAAUAAGGAAUCUGAAAAGGAAAUGAAGGAAACAAUUCCAUUUACAAUAGCAUCUAGAAGAAUAAAAUACCUAGGAAUCAACUUAACCAGACAGGUGAAAGACCUGUACAUGGAAAACUAUAAAAUACUACUGAAAGAAAUUAAAGAUGACCUGAACAAAUGGAAAGACAUUCCAUAUUCAUGGAUCAAAGGACUUCAUAUUGUCAAGAUGUCACUACUACCGAAAGCCACCUGUAAAUUCAAUGUAAUCCCCAUCAAAAUUAUAACAAUCUUCUUUGAAGUAUAGGGAAAGCCAAUCCUUAUUUUUAUAUGGAAUUGCAAAGGGCCCCAAAUAGCCAAAGCAAUCUUGAAAAAGAACAGAGUAGAAGGACUCUCACUUCCUGCUCUCAAAACGUAUUAUAAACCUGCAAUAAUCAAAACAAUCUGAUACUGGAAUAACGAUAGAUAUAUAGACCUAUGGAAUGGAAUUGACAACCCAAAGUUAAGUGUACAUAUCCAUGGUUAAUUAAUCUUCAACAAGGGUGCUAAAUCCAUCAAAAGGGGAAAAGAAUAGUCUGUUUAAUAAAUGGUGCUAAAACAACUGUAUUUUCACAUGCCAAAGAUUGAAGUUAGACCCAUACCUAACACCAUAUAAAAAACUAACUAAAAAUGGAUCAAAGACCUAAAUAUACUACCUAAAACCACAAAACUCUUAGAAGAAAACAUAGAGGCAGUGCUCUGGGAUUUAAGCCCUCAACAACAGCUUCUUAGAUAUGACAACGAAAGCACAAGCAGCAAAAGAUAAAACAGAUAAAUGGGAUCUCAUAAAACUCAAAAAACUUCUGUACAUCAAAGGACUUUAUCAACAAAAUAGACAACUUACAGACUGGGAAAAAAAUUCUGGAAACUACAUAUCAGAUAAGGGUUUAAUAUCCAGAAUAUAUAAAGAACUCCUAAAACUUAACAAGAAAAAGGCAAACAACCCAAUUGAAAAAUGGGCAACGGACCUGAACAGAUGUUUUACCAAAGAGGAUAUACAAAUGGCCAACAAGCACAUGAAAAGAUGCUCAAAGUCAUUAUCCAUUGUUGUUGCUAGGGGACACCGAGUAGGUUCCAACUCAUAGCAACCCUAUGCACAACAGAAUGAAACACUGCCUGGUCCUGCGCCCUCCUCACAAUUGUUGCCAGACUUGAACCUAUUGUUGAACCCACUGUAUCAUUCCAUUUAGUUGAGGGUAUUCCUCUUUUUGGCUGACCCUCUACUUUACCAAGCAUGAUGUCCUUCUCCAGGGACUGAUUCCUCCUGAUAACCUGUCCAAAGUAUGUGAGAUGUAAUUUCGCCAUCCAUGCUUCUAUGGAGCAUUCUGGUUGUACUUCUUCCAAGAUAGAUUUGUUCCUUCUUUUGGCAGCUCAUGGUAUAUUCAAUAUUUUUCGCCAACAUCACAAUUCAAAGGUGUCAGUUCUUCUUCAGUCUUCCUUAUUCAUUGUCCAGAUUUUGCAUCUAUAUGAGGCAAUUGAAAGCACCAUGGCUUGGGUCAGGCACACCUUUGUCCUCAAGGUGACGUCCUUGCUUUUCAACACUUUAAAGAGGUCUUUUGCAGCAGAUUUGCCCAAUGCAAUGAGUCUUUUGAUUUCUUCACUGCUGCUUCCAUGGCUGUGGAUUGUGGAUCCAAGUAAAAUGAAAUCCUUGACAACCUCAAACUCCUGUCUGUUUAUCACGAUGUUGCUUAUUGGUCGAGUUGUGAGAAUUUUUGUUUUUUUCAUGUUGAGGUGUAAUCCAUACCGAAGGCUGUGGUCUUUGAUCUUCAUCAGUAAGUGCUUCAAGUCCUCUUCACUGCGGCAAGCAAGGUUUUGUCAUCUGCAUAAGGCAGGUUGUUAACGAGUCUUCUUCCAAUCCUGAUGCCCCGUUCUUCUUCAUACAGUCCAGCUUCUCAGAUUAUUUGCUCAGCAUACAGGUUGAAUAGUUAUGGUGAAAGGAUACAACCCUAGCAUACACCUUUCCUGACUUUAGACUAUGCAGUAUCCCCUUGUUCUGUUUGAACAACUGCCUCUUCAUCUAUGUAGAGAUUCCUCAUGAGCACAAUUAAGUGUUCUGGAAUUCCCAUUCUUCACGAUGUUAUCCAUAAUUUGUUAUGAUCCACACAGUCAAAUGCCUUAGCAUAGUCAAUAAAACACAGGUAAACAUCUUUCAGGUAUUCUCUGCUUUCAGGUAGGAUCCAUCUAACAUUAGCAAUGAUAUCCCUGGUUCCAUAUCCUCUUCUAAAUCCAGCUUGAAUUUCUGGCAGAUCUCUGUCAAUAUACUGCUGUAGCUGCUUUUGAAUGAUCUUCAGCAAAAUUUUGCUUACAUGUGAUAUUAAUGAUAUUGUUCGAUAAUUUCUGCCUUCAGUUGGAACACCUUUCUUGGGAAUAGGCAUAAAUAUGAAUCUCUUCCAGUCAAUUGGCCAGGUAACUGUCUUCCAAAUUUCUUGACAUAGAUGAGUGAGCACUUCCAGGGCUGCAUCUGUUUGUUGAAACAUCUCAAUCGGUAUCCCAUCAAUUCCUGGAGCCUUGUUUUUAGCCAAUGCCUUCAGGGCAGCUUGUAUCUCUUCCUUCAGUAUCAUCAGUUCCUGAUCGUAUGUUACCUCCUGAAAUGGUUGAACGUCGACCAAUUCUUUUUGGUAUAGUGACUCUGUAUUCCUUCCAUUUCUUUUGAUGCUUCCUACAUUGCUUAAUGUUUUCCCCAUAGAAUUUCUUCUUCAGUUCUUUCAGCUUGAGAAAUGCUGAGCAUGUUCUUCUCUUUUAGUUUUCUAUCUCCAGCUCUUUGCACAUGUCAUCAUAAUACUUUAGUUUGUCUUCUCGAGCCACCCUUUGAAAUCUUCUGUUCAACUUUUUUACUUCAUCAUUUUUUCCUUUUGCUUUAGCUACUUGACAUUCAAGAGCAAGUUUCAGAGUCUUUCCUGACAUCCAUUUAGGUCUUCUCUUUCUCUUCUGUCUUAUUAAUGACCUCUUGCUUUCUUCAUGUCUGAUGUCCUUGAUGUCAGUCCUCAACUCAUCUGCUCUUCAGUCAUUAGUGUUCAAUGCAUCAAAUCUAUUCUUCAGAUAGUCUCUAAAUUCAGGUGGGAUAUACUCAAGGUCAUACUUUGUCUCUCGUGGACUUGUUCUAAUUUUCUUCAGUUUCAACUUGAACUUGCAUAUGAGUAAUUGACGGUCUGUUCUGCAGUCAGCUCCUGGCCUUGUUCUGACUGAUGAUAUUGAGCUUUUCCAUCAUCUCUUUCCACAAAUGCAGUCAAUUUGAUUUCUGUGUGUUCCAUCUGGCGAGGUCCACGUGUACAGUCACCGUUUAUGUUGGUGAAAAAAAGUAUUUGCAAUGAAGAAGUUGUUGGUCUUGCAAAAUUCAAUCAUGCAGAUCUCCAGCAUCAUUUCUAUCACCAAGACCAUAUUUCCCAACUACCAACCCUUCUUCUUGGUUUCCAACUUUCCAGUAAUUAUCAGUCCAUCCUGAUUGCAUGUUUGAUCAAUUUCAGACUGCAGAAGUUGGUAAAAAUCUUCAAUUUCUUCAUCUUUGGCCUUAGUGGUUGGUGCAUAAAUUUGCAUAAUAGUUAUAUUUACUGGCCUUCCAUGUAGGCAUAUGGAUAUUAUCCUAUCACUGACAGCAUUAUACUUCAGGAUAGAUCUUGAAAGGUUCUUUUUGACGAUUUAUACAACGCCUUUCUUCUUCAAACUGUCAUUCCCAGCAUAGUAGACCAUAUGAUUGUCCAAUUCAGAAUGGCCAAUGCCAGUCCAUUUCAGCUCACUAAUGCCUCGGAUACUGAUCUUUAUGUGUCCCAUUUCAUUUUUGACGAUUUCCAAUUUUCGUACUUCGUACAUUCCAGGUUCCAAUUAUUAAUGCAUGCUCGCAGAUGUUUCUUCUCAUUUUGAGUCGUACCACAUCAGCAAAUGAAGGUCCGAAAAGCUUGACUCCAUCCAUGUCAUUAAGAUCGACUUUAUUUUGAGGAGGCAGCUCUUCCCCAGUCGUAUUUUGAGUGCCUUUCAACCUGAGGGAUUCAUCUUCCAGCACUAUAUCAGACAGUGUUCCACUGCUAUUCAUAAGGUUUUCUCUGGCUAAUUCUUUUUGGAAGUAGACUGCCAGGUCCUUCUUCCUAGUCUGUCAUAGUCUGGAAGCUCAGCUGAAACCUCUCUGCCAUGGGUGACCCUGCUGGUGUUUGAAUAUUGGUGGCAUAGCUUCCAGCUUCAUAGCAACACACAAGCCCCUACAGUAAGACAAACUGACAGACGUAUGGGGAAAUUAGCCGUUAGGCACAUGUACAUCAAAACAACAAGAUACCACUUCACUCUCACUAAACAAAAACCAAACCAAACAAAACCCACUGCCGUCGAGUCAAUUCCGAUUCAUAGCAACCCUAUAGGACAGAGU